AUAUACGAUAAUAUAAGUACAGUAAAUGGGUCCCCUGUUUUGAACCCAGUUUGCGGGAAGGGAUUUUCCUGCUUCCCAAACAAGCUUUUCCGCUUCCUAUGCCCUAAGGUUCGCACGCAGUUGUAAUUGCAAAACAUUAUUCUCGAUCGCAAAAAAUCUAGGAAAGUAAUGGAUCGUGGAGAGGGUUCUGGUUCCAAACCCUCUGACGAAAUCUGGGCCAAACUUGUAUCAUCGGACUCAAGAUAUUCAGAUGUUGAACUGAGAUCGAAUGAAAUGGUUAUAGUCUCGGAGGUUGCAUCCUCGACUAGUGACAGGCAUGAAUGGUGUAAAAUAACAAGGAGGUUAGAUUUGUGUUCUGCUACGCUGCAGAAUAAUAGUUCAAAUACGGUGCUUGUGGAUGGGGCUGUUGUUCAGAAAGAAGAAACUGCUGUUAUCAAGUGUGGAAGCGAAAUUAUUCCAGGUCCCUUUGGAGAAGGAUAUUUGAGUUACAGAUUUAAGUUAAUGCCUAUAGAGGAGUCUUGCGAGAAACAGCUAAAGAUUUGUUUAGAUGUUGAGCAUGCAAAAUGCAGCAUUUGUUUAAACAUUUGGCAUGACGUUGUCACUGUUGCCCCUUGCCUUCACAACUUCUGCAACGGUUGUUUCUCAGAGUGGUUAAGAAGAUCUCAGGAGAAACGAUCAAGUGUUCUUUGUCCCCAGUGUAGAGCAGUUGUUCAAUUUGUUGCAAGAAACCAUUUUUUGCAUAAUAUUGAAGAGGGUAUACUGCAUGCAGAUUCUUCCCUAAAACGUCCAAUUGAAGAAGUUGCACUUCUAGAUUCAUAUACGUCAAUAAAGUCACCUCUUGUCAUUAACAGUUGGAAAAAGCGUCAGCUGAAGAGGCUACAUUCAGCAUCAGAUGCAGAAGAUGAUGUUGUGGUGCUUCCAUGCCCUCAGUGUGGCACUGAUUUUGCUGGGUUCCAGUGCAACCAGAAUACCAUCCAUCUACAAUGUCAAGCAUGUGGAGGGAUGAUGCCUUCUAGAACCAAUAUAACUGUACCACAGCACUGUUUAGGAUGUGAUCGAGCAUUUUGUGGUGCUUAUUGGCAUGUUGAGGGGGUUGUUGGAGAUGAUUCUCAUCCGGUGUGCAGUCGUGAGACUUUCAAACCAAUCUCUCAACGUAUUAUCAGUAGAAUUCCUUAUGUGGCACAUGAAAAGAAUCGGCAUGAACAAGAUAUCACAGAAAGGUGUAUUAGACAGAUGGGGAGAACAUUUCAGGAUGUGAUUUCAGAUUGGAUUACAAAGUUGAACAACAGAGAAAUUGAUCGAACAAGGAUGCCAUUGAAUCAUGCUGAGAUGAUAACUGCUGACACACAUAUUUGCAUUGAUUGUUAUGACAAAUUAGUCUCGUUCCUCUUGUACUGGUACCGGAUUUCAUUGCCAAAAUAUCUCCUGCCCCCAGAUGCAUCUCAGAGGGAAGAUUGCUGGUAUGGAUAUGCAUGUCGGACGCAACACCACAGUGAAGAACAUACUCGUAAAAGAAAUCAUGUUUGCCGUCCAACAAGGGGUCGCAACUUAUAGUGAUUAUCCUUCUAUUUUAGUUUUAUGUUGUUGAUCUGCUGAAGAAUAACGUAAAAUGAUUGAGAACCAUUUUUCUUUGGUACGAAGAAUUAAUGUUUAUCUUUCGUUGUAUGAAAAAAAUAAAAAUAAAUAAAUAAAUAAAUUUGGGGGGUGUUUCGGAUAGGGGCACACCCACUCGGGGAAAUAGACGCUCUCCCAACCGGGCCACUUAUAUGAGGACUUUUAUUUUGUCUGUCCAAUGACACAACUAUUUUCCAGCUGAUCCCCUCUCACUCCCCCCUAUACAUGCAUAAAAACAGAUGCACUAAUAUAUAUAUUUACAUGUAAUCUAUUAUGCAUCUGUGUAAUAUUCAAGCCAAAUCUGUUGGUGAUUCGAUGCA